CUAGUUUGAUUUUACUACAUAUGUACCUGUCCUUAUAUCUAAUAUUUAUUUUUCUUUCCAGAAAAUCGGCACCCAUACAACGCUCUGUGAUCCUAAAAUGGAGACAGAAGAAGACGAAAACGAUGAAAACAAGAAAAUUUAAACCUGCAUUCACGAUGUCCACGAGUGUCCAGCUAGCCCUACUCUUCUACUGCUACACCAUACACUUAUCCGAAUCUGGCUGCCCGAGGCUGUGCGAAUGCAAAUGGAAAAGCGGCAAAGAAUCUGUCAUUUGCUUGAACGCUAACUUUUCCUCGGUGCCUCCCGAAAUCGAUGUCGGCACUCAAAUAUUAGACCUCACAGGGAAUAACCUCACGAGUGUCAAGCACGAGCAGUUCAAAAAAGCUGGUCUAGUGAACCUCCAAAAGAUAUUCCUGGCAAAUUGUCGCCUAAAAACGCUAGAAAGAUAUUCUUUUAAAUAUCUCAUCAACCUAGUAGAGCUAGAUUUGAGCAAUAAUUUGUUAAACAACGUACCUUCACACACGUUUGACUCAAUAACAGAACUAAGGGAAUUGAAGUUAAGUGGAAACCCUAUCCAGAAGAUUUUUAACGACGCUUUUGUCCAUCUUUCCCAACUCAUAAGACUGGAAAUCUCGGAAUGUAGGUUAACGUUAAUAGAAAGUCGAGCUUUUUCUGGUUUAGAAAAAUCUUUGGAGUCCCUGAAGCUGGAUAAUAAUAGACUGACUGAAGUACUACCUGAGUCUUUUACAAGUUUACAAAACCUUCACGGCCUAGAGCUAGAUGCAAACCCGUGGAAUUGUUCGUGCUUUCUUAGACCUCUACGAGCGUGGAUGCUGAAACAAAACGUUCCUUUUGGAGUACCGCCGGUCUGUCAUAGUCCCAAACGACUGUACAUGAAGUCUUGGGAUAAGUUAGAUCUUGACGAUUAUGCUUGUGUUCCAGAAAUCUUUGCUUAUAACAGUAAGGCGUAUGGAAUUGAAGGAAAGAAUAUUACGAUGACUUGUAGAAUAACUGGUGUUCCAGAGCCGAGUGUAAGGUGGUUGAUGAAGAAUAAGGUGAUUGCUAAUAUAUCAGGAACGUCUUUUGCAGGCAGUAAAAAGCUUUACUUGGUCCAUCUCACCAACAACUCGAGCGAGCUAACCAUCUUUAGCGCUGACCUACAAGACGCCGGAACUUACAUCUGUGCUGCAGAGAAUAAAGCAGGGAGAGCAGAAGCCAGCGUUACUCUCCUAGUGUCCAAGAAACAAGCCGGUACUGGCUUUUCGCAUAAGAUACUCAUAGUUGUCAUAGUGACGGGACUAGUGUUCGUUCUCGGUUCGUGUCUAAUAUCCUUGUGUAUAUACGCGGUGAAAAAGAAGCAAGUGAUCAAAUGGCGAACUCGUCGAAAAAAUCGACGCGAGGACAACUACGAGAAAAUCGAAAUGAACUUUAAAGUGGUGCAAAUCAACGGCAAUGUUAAUGUGAACGUUAACCAGGAAUUGGCCGUGGUUUCUGAUCGGAGAAACGGAGAGUACCGCGUUGUUUCUGGUGCGGACACGGACCAAGAAGCGGAAGAAGAGGAGGACACCACUUUGGAUGGUUGUAGUGUAAAUAAAAGGUUUCCGAAACUGUUGUUUAAAGACGAGCAACAGAACAACCAGAGAUGGAAUUCCUCCAAGCUUUUGGAAGACCACGACGACGUUGGUACUACGAGGAAAGCUAUACAAGAGUACAGCAACAUCAACACAACUUGCAGUACAACCUGCGGCACCUACAGCCAGUACUCCACUCCUGUAUCAUCACCGAACGUUUCGUCUUCUAUUUACUGUUCGACAACCACCAAACGGUACUUACCUCCAGCCACGUCUUCCGUGUACUUAAACAAAGAGCUCUCCAGGCUAGUGGAAGAUAGAGAAAAAGAUUUUCCUGAUCUGAUAGAGAUCUCGCCGAAAAGUAAAUCGUUUGAGAUCAAUCAGAGCAACGUACUCAAAGCAAAGGGUACGAGUGGCAGUACUUCGGAUAUAAACGAGAUAUUUUGUACGUUACCGAGGAAGAAGGAGCUUCAUUCUGCGCGGUACAGAAGUAAUGAUAGCCAGACUCCACUGUUGCAUGAAAGUCGAUAUGGUAGCAGCGGAGGGGAGAGCAUUCCCUGCACUCAAGAUGUAUGUAUGGCCGACUUACCAAAGUAUUCGAUGACUACAAGUUUGAACAGAAACAGGGUCAACAAAAUGUCAAAUAGUUAUAUGAAUUUAACAAGAGAGGGACGAUCUACUAAAGAGGCUACAACCGACAUAAGCGCCACCCCACUUCUAGACGUUUCGAAUCUAGAAAGCCACGUUUGGUACAAUAAACCGAGGGAGAUAAUUUCCCCUACCAUGAGCAUGACACCCAACGCCAACUCCUACGAUUACCAUGCGGCGCAGUUGGAGCGAUUCUUGGAAGAGUACAGAAGUCUGCAGAAGCAAUUGAAAAAGAUGAAAGAAACGUGUGAUAAUUUGUGUAUGGAGAAGGAAAGAGAAAAGCAAAUGGCGUCAACAUUUGCCAGCUCUACGUCAAUUUUCAACAAACCUUCAACUCUAGCACUCUCUCCAAACUCAAACCAACAUUUGGCAAGUUCUAUGGACUUCAGAAACUUCGAAGACGAAAUAAAGAAGUAUCUGAUUGCCAAGAAUCUCUCUCCUAACAAUGUUAAUAACAGCAAUUGAUUUAUAUACUGAAAGUAUUAAAGUAAAAAGUGGUUAAUAUACCCAACUGUACAUAACCUUUCCCAAAUAUCUGAAUAACAGUCUUAAAACUUAACAUUUUUAUAAAAUUUAUACGCAACUUGGAGGUAAUAAGAAACAUUGUUACAUUAAAUGCCAUCUUUUUACAAAAAUUUAUUAAAAAAAAUGUUCUGCACAUAAAUUUUUUAACAAUAAAAAUUUUUGCAGAACAGUUAAACAAAAAUAAAGUUUUUGUUGCUGGUUUCAACAAUUUUAUUGAUUUCAGUUUGUUUUUAGAAUAAUUCAAACACUGAAUAAAUGCUGUCAAAUCUAAAAAUAUCUAGAGGAAAGGGGGAUAAGGGUCCGCCUAACCAUUUUGGUUUAUUUUUAAUGAUACACAGCUUAAAAAAUUAUACUGUUACGCAAAUAAACUUCAAAACUUAGUACUUUAAACUCUAUUUACUAAAAAAUGUUAAAGAGAACAAAAAAAAAUUUUUUUCAGACUUCUGCUGGUGGCCAUAUUUACCCGCUGCCGAGGGGUAAAAGUGCCACUGCCACUAUUAAUCCAAUUUAAAAAAUAAUUAAAUGCAGAAAUCUGAAAUGCAAAUUUUGCCUUCGAAACUGGUACAGUCUUUGUGUGCCCAUUGGCCGCAAAUGCAGCAUUGGAUCCAGAGUUCUCUGUUUUUACCGAAUUCGCCACAAAUUGUGCAAAUAUCUUCGUUAACGUCUCUAUCACGAUCAUCGUCAUCAUCCUCAUCUUCAGAUGAUAUAUCUUCUGUGAACUUCUGAAUUUCCUUUCGACUCAUCAUUAAUCACUUAAAUUAGAGCAAGAACUUUUUAUAUAGUCUUAAACUACGUUAAAAUUUUAACAAAUGGGUACCAAUUAUGCAGCUAAAUACACUUGAUUACAUACUUCUACAUACUUUUAAAAAUCUUGCACUAAUACAUCAACUCGAACAAAAUAUGACAUUUUCAAAAAUUCUUCUUUGCCGGCAAAACAUCGUCAUUGUUUUAGGUACAGUUUGAACGAAACACUGUUAGAUGGUGCAACAGGUAUUAAACGCGAAAUAAUAUUAGGCCGUCAAUGUAAAUAUUUCAUGGCCACUAUUACCCCAGUGACCACCAUUCCCCCCUUGCCCCUAUACGUCAUUUCACAUCAGUGUAGAGUGAAUAAUAUGUGAACCUGUUCAGGAAGAUUCUAUUUAAAUACUGGACUUUACACUGAUGUGGAAAAAGAUGUAAAUAUUCAAAUGUAUUUGUAUUAUUUGCCCUUAUACUUUUCCCUAUUUGGUAUAUUCUACUCAUUUUUUACCGAUUUAUAAAAAAAACAACUUUACUUCUUUAUUACGACUUCAAUACCCUUAUAAAAUCUGUAUUUACAUGAAUAUAUUGUACAUAGGACUUUGUAUAAUUGUUAUUAACGAUAAUUCAUUAAGUGUUAUAGAAUCGUAGAACUUUGUGAUAUUAUUUAGUAUAUUAAAUUAUUAAGACUAUAAAAUGUUUGGUCUGCAGUAAAUUUAUUGUCGAUAUAAUCCUUGAAAUAUGUCAAUAAAGUUAUCUAUUAAAACACGGU